GCAGCUCGUUUUUGACAGCUACAAUUGUUUGAGAGUCAGUUGCGUGGAUGUUUGUCCAUAAUGAAGUUCAUUGUUUUUUUCAUCUGCGUACCUUUUGUUUAUUCAGAACUUCACACCUACAUAACUUCAUACACUGGAAUAAAUGGACAUACAAUCCCAGAGUUUUUUGCAGUAACUACUCUGGAUGGGCAACAGAUUGAUUAUUAUGACAGUGAGAUAAAGAAGCUGAUUCCCAGACAGGACUGGAUAAAGGAGUUGGCAUCUACAGACAUGUGGAAUGAAGACACUGAGAUCAGAGAAAGAGUACAGCAGAUUUACAAAAACAAUAUUCAUCAUCUAAUGGAGCGAUUCAAUCAGUCACGUGGUGUUCACACGUAUCAGAGGAUGUAUGGAUGUGAAUGGGAUGAUCAGACUGAAGACUCACAAGGUUUUGAUCAGUACGGUUAUGAUGGAGAUGAUUAUGUCGCACUAGAUGUGAAGAAGCUCAGAUACAUCACAGCUGUACUGCAGGGAGUAAUAACAAUGAACAAGUGGAACAAUGACAGAGCACAGCUUGAAAUACUGAAUCAGUACUACAAACAUGAGUGUGUUUACUGGAUAAAACAUUUCUUGAUGUUAAGAAAAGUGGAUUUGGAAAGAAAAGCACCUGAAGUGUCUCUGUUACAGAAGGAUCCCUCUUCUCCAGUGGUUCUGUGUCAUGUCACAGGUUUUUACCCAUCAGGACUAACUAUCACCUGGUUAAAAAAUGGACAGGAUCAUGAUGAGGAUGUGGAUCUUGGAGCGCUACUACCAAAUGAAGAUGGUACCUUUCAGAGGACAUCUGAACUCAUUAUUGAACCAGAAGAGUGGGAGAAGAACCAGUUUGUUUGUGAGGUAGAGCACAUGGGGAGGACCUUCCGGAGGAUUCUGACUGAGGAUGAGAUCAAGAGUAACACCAGUAAGUUUUAA